AUGCCGGGCUUCGACUUCUCCAACUACAACCGCAAUGCGGCCCUGCACGCUCGCGGAGUGCCUCUGCCCAAGGCCACCAGCACGGGCACCACAAUUGUCGGCUGCAUCUUUGACGGGGGCGUCGUGAUUGCCGCCGACACCCGCGCCACCUCGGGCCCCAUUGUCGCCGACAAGAACUGCGAAAAGCUGCACUACAUCUCGCCCCAGAUCUGGUGUGCCGGCGCCGGCACCGCCGCCGACACCGAGUUUACCACCAGCCUCAUCUCCUCCCAGCUCGAGCUGCACUCUCUAUCCACCGGUCGCAAACCCCGCGUCGUCACCUGCAUGACCCUGCUCAAGCAGCAUCUCUUCCGCUACCAGGGCCACAUCGGCGCCUACCUCGUCGUCGCCGGCUGCGACCCCACCGGCACCCACCUCUUCACCGUCCACGCACACGGCAGCACCGACAAGCUGCCCUACGUCACCAUGGGCAGCGGCAGCUUGGCCGCCAUGAGCGUCUUUGAGACGCAGUGGAAGGCCAACCUGACGCAAGACGAGGCCGUCAAACUGGCAAGCGACGCCAUCCUGGCUGGUAUCUUCAACGACCUGGGAUCUGGAUCCAACGUCGACGUCGCCAUCAUCACCAAGGAAAAGACCACUCUCAAGAGGAACCUCAUCAAGCCCAACGAGAAGAGCUCCAAGCUCCAGAGCUACGCUUUCCCCAAGGGCACGACGGCUGUCCUCAACGAAAAGAUCAUCCACAAGAAUGAGAUUGGCCGAUACGUGAGCGUGCACGAGGUGCCGCUCGAGACUGAGAAGAUGGAUGUAGAUACUUGA